AUGGAGAUCGCGAGUCCGCGGCGAGGGAGCAGCACGCCGGAACCGCCUCGGACCAAGAAGCGCGCCAAAUACACCCAAGUCGCCUGCAACGAAUGCAAGCGACGCAAGCUGAAAUGCAGCGGCGAGAUCGUGUGCUCGCGCUGUGCGCGCGACAACGUCCCCUGCGUCUACGCCCCCAGCGCCCACGCGCCCACCACCACCACGGCCUCUCCCCCGUCCGCCGAUGAGCCCGUCAAAGAUGACCGGUACGCCAGCCCUGAUCGUCCCGCUCGAGCCUCGCUGACCGACACCUCCAGGCUAUCCGGUCAUCUCGAGACCGUCGACCGGCAGAUCGAAUCCCUCCAGCGCGAGAUGCGCGCCAUGGCCGCUCGCAUCCGCCAGCUGGAGGCCUCCUCCUCCGCCGCCGUCACCAACCCCCCCGCCAACCACCACACCACCACCAGCAUCCCCACCUCCAUGUCCAUCAUCUCCUCCACCUCCGUCAACGCCGGCCUGCAGCGCAUCCUCAACCGCCCCAAGUCCCCCAGCUAUGUCGGUCCCACCAGCGCCGAAUUCGGCCUCACCCGCCGCCAGAAGCCCUCCGACGACAGCGACGGCGACGGCGACGACCUCGAGUCCACCGCGGCGCCGAGCCCGCCCCCUGCGGCCGACUCGGAGGCCCUCUCGGGCGAUCCGCUGCGCUGUCUGGGUCUCACCGAGACCCUCCGACUGGUGACGGUCUACGAACACACCGUCGGCCUGAUCUACCCGUGCGUGGACCUCGACAGCGUGCGCGCGUAUGUGGUCGAGUACUUCCGCGACGACGGCGACGGGCAGAACGAGCCCACGUCCCCCAGCAACGAGGACCAGGACUGGUUCUUUGCCCGCGACGCAGAGGUGCUGAAGAUCAUCAUCGCGACCGCCCUGUUGGCGGAAUCGCACGGCCGGAGUGAACGCGCCGCCUGGCUGGCCGAUAGCGUCGAGGAUCGGUUCGCGUCACGCUACAAGAUGCCCGAGGUCGAUAUGAAGGAAUUGCUUAUCUUGACGCUGGUGGUGGGUUCCAUCUUCCAUUCCUACCGCGACGACGAGGUCAUCGCCUGGCGCACCAUCGGGUCUGCUGUCCGCGGAUCCGUCCAGCUGGGGCUCCACUGUCAGGAGACAUGGCUUAAAACCGGCGGCGUGUUCCCCGGCGAGCUACACCGCAUCUGGGCCAGUCGGCUGUUCUGGUGCAUUUACGUGCUGGACCGGAAAUGGUCGUUCGGGACAGGCCUGCCGUUCGCCAUCCAAGACACCGACAUCGACACGAACCUGCCCGAGCCCGGCACCGCGACCCCGUACCUGACGUGCAUGAUCUCGUACGCCCGGCUGAGCUCGAAGAUCUGGGGCCUGGUCGUCGGCUGGCGCACUCGUCCGCGCGCCGCCACAGCCGAUUACUGCGCCUACCUGGACUUCCAAGUACAGCAAUGGAUCCAGUCCAUCCCGCCGGAACUGCGCUUCGACCCGUCGCAGCGGCCGUCCGGGGCGGGGGCCUCCAACCCCCAAGCUGACAGCAUGAUGAUGCUGCAGGUCCUGCUGGCUCUGCAGGCCAACCAGCUCCGCAUCCUCGUCUACCGCCAGUACCUGCUCAGCACGGAGAGCAUCGAUGAGAGCGUUUCCAGCGCGUCCAUCGCCGUCGAAACCGCCAAGAGCACCGUCCACAUGCUCGACUUCUUCAGUCGGGUGUCGGAAAUCUACUUCCAGCGGCCGGAACCCUUCAACUACUUCCUCAUCUCCGCGCUGGCUGCUUUGUUCCUCGCUGUCCUGCACUCCCCGUCGCGAUUCAGUCAGGUCUGUCGUCCGGAAUUCUAUAAAGCUGUCGAUAUGGUCCGCCGCUCGUCCACCCGCGCGCGCACCUCCCGCCGUCUACAGAAGAUCAUCCAGAACCUCAAGCUCAUCCGUCUGAACCUGGGUAAUAAAUCACCUCGCCAGGCCCAGCCUCAACUCCACCAUCAACAACAACAACACCACCACCACCCUCAUCCCCAUCUACACUCCCAUCCUCAUCACCAACAACAACAUCCACACCACCUCCAAUCACCCCUCAACCCCCCCACAGCCAGCAACCCCAACCCUCUACCCUUCCCGCCCGACCCCUCCUACGCUGGCCCCCACACACGAAUCUCCCCAAACCCAGGCCCAAACUCAAACCCCCAAGCAUCCACCGCCUUCUGGCCCCUAACAACCACCACCGGGGCCCCCAUCCCCGCAAACCGAAACAGUUGUGAGGAUCUCACCAGUUUCUUUGAAAUGGCCGGCGGGUUCUAUUUUGAUCCGCAGGGUCACGCGCAGGUCGCGGAUGGGGUUGUUGUGGAGGGUGGGACGGCGACGGCGACGGCGACGGCGACAGGGGUGGGGGUGGGGGUGGGAGGGGAUGGGUCGGGGAUUGGGAUUGAGGCGUUGAAUGCGGAGGAUGAGGCGUUGACGAAGGUUAUGGCGGGGUUGUUGUGA